AUUAGUAUUGGAUGUGACACUAACAUACUGGAUGCCCAAUUCUAAUAAGCUUCUAUCAGACUCAAUCGCGGAACUUAGGAGCUUUUUGAACAUCCGUAUGCCAUGAUUCAUGAAGCAAGGCAGUCAGAGUUCACCCCAGAGUAGACUGAGGCUUUAGUCCUUUUCGAGGUCAAACAUAUUAAUCAUUGAGGGUAAGUAUUUGCAAUCCUUAAGAAAAUUAUCAUGUUGGUUAAAGAGCUUUGAGGGGUCUGGUGGUCCUGAACUUUCUCCUCCUGGGGCGGGCCUUGCGAGGUCCGGCACGACGGCGGAUCAUGGCUUUCCCCUCGAGAAAUUUGUUUUCACUAUAUGUAACGACUCCACUCCACCACCAUGUUAUGCCAGGCAGCCCAUGUGUUUGAGGAGUCUUGUCCUGACAUGGGAGGAGGGCUAUUCGCCCAUUCGGAGCUUCGCCUGGAGACAAACCCCAGAAAGCUAAAAUUGUUAUUUUUGUCUAGAAAGCUACCCUCGUACAGCUAGCUAUGCCUACAUCGACUGACAAGCUU